AUGGUUUUCGGAGAGGGCCUUCCAAUGGUUGAAGAACUAGGACCUCUGGUAUUCGAUGACUUUUCGAAGCUGCCGAUAGAGCUUCGUCUCAAAAUAUGGGGCUACAAUCUCCCCGGACCUCGUAUCUUACCGGUACAUGCUCAUGCAUGCUCUUUCAGAGCUUUCAGAGACGCCAAUGAUUCCGUGUUGACUCGCGUGUUCUCGUCGCCCGCCAAAGUUCCCAGUAACCUCCAUGUGUGCCGCGAAUCACGAGCCGAGACGCUGAGGACAUACCGGCUUUUAUUUGGAGGCCAUGGCCAUGUUGGCGGAAUUUUCCUUGACCCGAGCAUUGAUAUCAUCUACUUUGAAGCCCGGAGCGAUACCACCUUCUCGGACUUCGUGGAAUCAGUUUCCAUGGAACAUGUAGCCCAUACUCGGUAUCUAGCUAUCAAUGCUGCGGCCUGGGACAAACUGAACACAGCAGUGGGUUCGGGCGCGGUCUUGAGAAGUUAUUUUCGAACGAUCACGAAACAUUUUUCGCACCUGAAAAAACUUAUCUUCGUACGAAGCGAUCAGAACCCGCUCUACAGCCCGGAUUCAGUUCUAGUCACAGAGAACGGCGGCGACCUGAGACUCAGACGACGUGUACUGGAGGGCAUCUUGGACGUGGCAGACCAGCAGCCAGGGGCAGCGUUCCCUCCAUGGGAUAUUAUGGACAUCGGCGCAGAACCAGAGCCCGCGGUAGCGAAGUACGAUGAGAGCAUGCUUGGCUAUGCGCCGCCGCAGCACUCGCUGGCAGACAUUCGCCACGAUGAUGGAUUACCCGUAGAGUUUGCCCGGACGCGAACACUCCACUACAAGCAGAUCAUGGCUCGCAAGCUGGAAGACCUCGAACAGAAUCGGGAUGUUCAAAAACGCUAUGGACUGCACAGGGACACGCCGCCGCGCUUCACCCCCUUUGCGUAA